AAAUGGGGUUUCUCCAUGUUGGUCAGGCUGGUCUUGAACUCCCAACCCCAGGUGAUCCACCCACCUUGGCCUCCCAAAGGGCUGGGAUUACAGGCAUAGGCCAACGUGCCCAGCGCCCGAUAUAAUUUUUGUAACUUUUUGUAGACACAGGGUUUCUCCAUGUUUCCCAGGCUGGUCUCAAACUCCUGGGCUCAAGGAAUCCUCCCACCUCAGCCUCUCAAAGCUCUGGGAUUAUAGGCAUGAGCCACCUCGCCUGGCCUGGGGCUGUGUUCUGGCUGUAGGACUCGCUAUUUCUCUGUGUCUAUCUGUCAUCCCUGGCUGUUCUAGGCUGUUUGUCUGUGCUGGUGACUUUCUGAGUGUGUGUCCGUCUGUCCGUCCCUGCGCCUGUACUCUGUGCUCUUUGUCCCUGUCCCUGGCACUCCCACUGUCCACUUUAAAGGUGGCUCCCUCUGGUGGUCCUGUAGUGACCAUCCAGGGCAAAUGGACCAAGGGAAAGAAGAGUUAAGAGAAGGGGAAGCGUUUUAUUAAUAGACAAACCAUGAAUCUUGGCUGCUGCAGAGCAGGGAAGGAGAUACGAGGGCCCGGGCUUGAUGUGGGGGACCAGACAUGAUCCAGCCUGGCGGGAUGAAGCCGGGGGUCUGGCUUCCCAAGCUGACCACUUAUUACCCACCCAUCCCCAACAUAAUUAGCAGGCAGGAUGCCUGGGUUUCUCACAGGGGGUGGGGGCAGGGCCUCUGUCUGGGGACGUCACCCGUUAAACUUCCUCUCUCAGCCACACAGGAAGCUGAGCCAGCUUGGGGCCCAGCACACACAGGCCCCCUAGGACCCCUGGGGAGAGGGCCCCGCUGGGCUGGCCCUGCAGGGACCAUGGGAUCCAGAGCUGAAGGGGGCUCCCCCGCCGUGUUUGACUGGUUCUUUGAAGCGGCCUACCCUGCCUCCCUGCAGGAGGACCCCACCAUCCUGCGGCAGUUCCCCCCAGACUUCAGGGACCAGGAAGCUAUACAGAUGGUGCCUAAAUUCUGCUUCCCUUUUGAUGUGGAAAGGUAUGAAAGGGCAGGGAGAUCCAAGGACUUAGGGACUCAGAUCUCUCAGGGGCCCCAAGGACCCAGGCAUCUGGAAACCCAUACACUCAAGGACCCUGAGACUCAAAGACUCAAACACUUGGAGGCCCUGAGAACUUAAGGACAUAUAUGCAUUAGCAUCCAGGGACUCAGACACUCGGGGACCCAAAGAUCCAGGGACUCAGGGACACAGGGACUCAGGGACACAGGGACUCAGGGACAAAGGGACAUAGCAACCCAGGGAUCCAGGGACUCAGUAACCCAGAGGUCCAGAAGCCCAGAGAUCCAGGGAUUCAGGGACCCAGGGACCCAGAGACACAGGGACUUAAGGACACAGAGAUUCAGGGACUCAGGAAUCUAAGGACUCAGGAACUCAGGAACCCAGGGACCCAGGAACUCAGGCAUUCAGGGACUUAGAGACUCAAGGAUUUGGGGACUUGGGAACCCAGAGACUCAGAACUAUGAGGAUUCAGGGAUACAGAGACUCAGUGACUCAGUGACUCAGGGACACAGGGACACAGGAACACAGGGACUUAGGGAUUCAGGAAUUCAGGAACCCAGGGGCUCAGAGACACAGGGACCCAGGAACCCAGGGACUCAAGGACACAGGGACCCAGGGACUCAGCAACCCAGGGACUCUGGAACCCAGAGAUCCAGGAACCCAAGGAUCUAGAGAUCCAGAGAACCAGAUAUCCAGGGACCCAGAGAUCCACAGACUCAGGGAUCCUGAGAUGGGGGAGCCAGGCAUGCAGGGAUUCUGACAACUAGAGACCUAUAUACCCAGGGUCCCAGGAGCUUUGUUGGGGUGGGGGACAUCCUCAGACAGCGGGGAUGCCCAGGUCUCUCUAACAGCCCUUCCCACUCCAGGGAGCCCCCCAGCCCCGCCGUGCAGCACUUCACCUUCGCCCUCACAGACCUUGCCGGCAACCGCAGAUUUGGUUUCUGCCGCCUGCGGGCGGGUACCCAGAGCUGUCUCUGCAUUCUCAGCCACCUGCCUUGGUUCGAGGUGUUUUACAAGCUACUGAACACAGUGGGAGAACUCCUAGCUCAGGACCAAGUGAGACCAGCCCCUCUCUCACUCCUGUCUCCGAGGCAAUGGAACUUCUUCAGAAUCUGUUGCAGCAGUCCCUGCCAGAGCCCCAGGCCUCAGUGGGGCUGGAGCUGGGCAGUGGAGUCACCGUCUGCAGCGGGCAGGGCAUCCCGCCCCCUACCCCGGGGAAUAACAAGCCGCUUUCCUGCUUCGUGGCCCCGGACUCCGGCCGCCUACCAUCCAUCCCUGAGAACAGGAAUCUAACCGAGCUGGUGGUGGCCGUGACCGACGAGAACCUUGUGGGGCUGUUCGCGGCGCUCCUGGCCGAGCGAAGAGUCCUGCUCACCGCCAGCAAACUCAGCACCCUGACCUCGUGUGUCCAUGCGUCCUGCGCACUCCUGUACCCCAUGCGCUGGGAGCACGUGCUGAUCCCCACGCUGCCCCCGCACCUGCUGGACUACUGCUGCGCGCCCAUGCCCUACCUCAUUGGAGUGCACGCCAGUCUCGCCGAGAAAGUGCGAGAAAAAGCCCUGGAAGAUGUCGUGGUGCUGAACGUGGAUACCAAUACAUUGGAGACGGCCUUUAACGAUGUGCAGGCGCUGCCCCCAGACGUGGUGUCCCUGCUGAGGCUCCGGCUCAGGAAGGUCGCUCUGGCCCCCGGGGAAGGGGUGUCUCGUCUCUUCCUCAAAGCCCAGGCCCUGCUCUUCGGGGGAUACCGAGAUGCCCUGGUCUGCAGCCCGGGCCAGCCAGUGACCUUCAGUGAGGAAGCCUUCUUGGCCCAGAAGCCUGGGGCACCCCUGCAGGCCUUCCAUCGGCGGGCUGUGCACCUGCAGCUGUUCAAACAGUUCAUUGAAUCCCGACUGGAGAAGCUCAACAAUGGGGAGGGCUUCUCAGAUCAAUUCGAGCAGGAGAUCUCCAGCUGCGGGGCCUCCUCAGGGGCCCUUCGAUCCUAUCAGCUCUGGGCCGACAAUCUGAAGAAAGGUGGAGGUGCCCUCCUGCAUUCAGUCAAGGCCAAGACCCAACCAGCCGUCAAGAACAUGUACCGCUCGGCCAAGAGUGGCUUGAAGGGAGUACAGAGCCUUCUAAUGUAUAAGGAUGGGGACUCUAACCUGCAGAGGGGGGGCUCCCUGAGGGUUCCAGCCCUCACCAGCCGCUCAGACCGCCUGCAGCAACGCCUCCCAAUCACUCAGCACUUUGGACAGAAUCGGCCCCUUCGCCCCAGCAGGAGACGCCGACUGGAAGAGGGACCUUCUGAGCCCCUAGGGGCAGGGACACCCCCUCUAACACCUGAGGAUGAGAGGUGCCCUUGGGCAGAAGAAGCUCUGGACAGCAGCUUCUUGGGGUCUGGAGAAGAACUGGAUUUGUUGAGUGAGAUUCUGGACAGUCUUAGUGUGGGAGCCAAGAGUGCAGGCAGCUUGAGACCAAGCCAGAGUUUAGACUGCUGUCACAGAGGAGACCUGGACAGCUGCUCCAGCCUGCCCAACAUACCAAGGUGGCAACCAGACGAAAAGAAACUACCAGAGCCCCAGACCCUGUCCCUGUCCCUGCCGGCAGACCUGCUGUCUCUGCAAAACGCCCCAUCUUUGGAUGCCACCAGCUCCUCAAAGGACCCUAGGUCCCAGCUGAUAUGCUCAGAGUCUGACCAACAAGUCAUCUCUCCAUCUCAGACCUCACCAGCCUCUGCAGACCCACACUUCCGGGGGGACCCCAAACCCUCUCCUCUCAUAGAACCCCUAAUUCUUCAUCUCACCCCUUCCUACAAGGCAGCUGAAGAUUCUAGAGCCCAGGAAAACCCCACUUCUUGGCUCUCCCCCAUACCCAACCAGCCCAGCCCUCCAGAAAGCCCCCAAAUUCUGGCCCCCACAAAACCCAGCUUUGAUACGGCUUGGAUGGCCCAGCACCUUGAUCCUUCCUCAGACCACAGUUCCCUGGAGAACCCCAGAGCCCAGCCUCCCAAGGCCUUGCUAGCAGAGCACGCUCCCCUCCAGCCACUUGAGGAACCAGGAGCCCCAGAUUCUUCCACCAGCAAUUGGCAAAAGCCCCAGCCCAGCAGCGGGCCCAGAGUGGCUGAUCUUAAGAAGUGCUUUGAGGGUUAAGAAUCAGGUCCAGCUGGGCACAGUGGUUCAUGCCCAUAAUCCCAGCACUUUGGGAGGCCGAGGUGGGUGGAUCACCUGAGACCAGCCUGGCCAACAUAGUGAAACCCCGUCUUUACUAAAAAUAACAAAUUAGCCGGCUGCGGUGGCAUACGCCAGUAGUCCCAGCUACUCGGGGGGCUGAGGCAGGAGAAUCACUCGAACCUCCACAGGAGGUGGAGGUUGCAGUGAGCUGAGAUCACGCCUGCACUCCAGCCUGGGCGCCAGAGUGAGACUCCAUCUCAAAAAAAAAAAAAAGAAUCAGGGGUCCAGGGGAGACCUCAGUCCCUCAAUAAAGCCAUAAGAGCCCAAAGCUGUCUUUUCCUGGUGAAUUUUUUUGGUGCCCUCACUCUGCUCAGAAACCCAUCCCACCCACCUCUGUCCCUAAGGGCGGCCUCUCUAACUGGCUCCUGGCAGGGAAGCCUCUGAUCCAAGAGGAUCCUUGCAACCGUUCCUCCUGGCAUUUGUCACUUCCAUCUAGGCUAAUGCCCCCAC